GCAGUUUCCUCCUCAAGUGGCAUUUAGGCGACGAAUCUUUGUUCCUGUUUUGCGGGCGUUCGUGCUCCGUUCCGUGUACCGUAAAAGGUAAUCUGCUGCCGACGUCCUGUGGUGCGUACGUAAGAAAAGAAACGGUAGUGGCGGCGUCGGUGCAGUGUCCCAAAAAGGAGGACACUUGCCGCCGCUCGUCUGCGUCAGAGGUUCCGGGGUCGUUAGCGCGCGACGCACUUUGAAGCAUCUUGGGCGCACGAAAACAUCCGUUUCUGGCCGAAAAUCGCCCGCCGUUUGUGGUGUUGCGCAUUUGUUUGUGUUGCCUCGGUCGCAGCAAACAGGAAAUGUCGCUCCGCUUGUUACUCGCCAAACGAACUCAUAAACUAGCAGUGACCGCGACAAGCACGGGUUAAAAAUCGGUAGAAAAGGAACAAGCAAACCGCAGACCAACGGGGACGGUGCGACAGGAUGAUCGGCACGGUCACGGUGGAGGCGCACUAUUCGGCGACCUACGUCGAAAACUACCUGGAUGCGGUGGAAAACCUCCCGGACGAUGUGCAACGCCAUCUGUCGCGCAUCCGCGAGCUGGACGUCCUCUACCGGAGCCACCUGCGGGACGUUAAUCAGUACUACGAGCAGUGGACGUUGAAUCAGCCCCACAACGGAACGACAGCGGCCGCGGCGCUAAACUCGACCGCUUCCACCAAUGGUCCGGGCCCGGAUGCGACGCCAGCUCACCCCGAACCGUCUUCCGGACCAUCGUCGUCGUCGUCGUCCUCUUCGUCAGGUUCCACCGAGCAGAGCAACGUGCUGCGGCGUGCGAUUGCACGCAUCCAGCAAAGCUUGAUUGCGGCCCAGGAACUGGGUGACGAGAAGCUGCAGAUCGUCCAGCAGCUGCAGGACUUGAUCGACCACAAAACGCGCCAACUCGACCAGGACUACCUGCACCUGGGGAAGGACUUUUUCGCCUCGAUCCGCGAACAAUCGCGGGACGAAAGCAACCGUAUCAUCGAUGGCAUCGGAUCGGAUCGCUAUCAGGCGGCCGGAACGGGGGGCGCCGCUGCAAACAACGGUCCGGGACAGUACGGGGCACCGGGCAAUGGUUCCGGCCACGGCGGACCGGGAAAUGGCAACGGAGGUGCAGGACUCGUUGGCUCAAACCCGCAUCUACUGCAGCACACCAGCAACGGUACGGCGCUCGGUGGGACAGCCGGUGGCCACCAGGGUGUUGGUGCUGGGGGCGCUUCCGGAAUGUACAGUGGAAACAACGGUGGUGGUGGUGGUGGGUUGAUGGGUAACGAGCGUAGCUCGAAACGUGCGCGAAGGACACGCAACGAGCAAAGUGGUGCCGCGAAUGGUGCGGGUUCAAACACACCCAAUUCAACGUGUGGGGCCAGCCCAAUGGAUAUCGAUUCUUCGAUCGAUAGUGUCGGUGGUCUUCCCGGUCCGGGAGUGUUAGGUGGCCUCGGUGGCAGUGGUGAGCCGAUCGGUAUGGCGCUGUCUGGAGCCGGCGGCAACGGUGGCAAACAGGACGUGGCCAGUGGCUCGCUGGGUGCUGGGGCAGGCAGCAGCAGUGGUAGCGGCAACAAUGGUAGCGGUGGCAAUGGAACUAUGACCGGCGGAAACGGGAGCGGCGGUGCGAGUGGUGUAGGAAGUGGUGGCCAUAAUAGUAACGUAAGCGGACUGUCCGGACGAGAUGGACAGGGUGGUGGCAAUAGCACGGCAAUCGGCAGUGGAGGAGGCAAGGGAGCCGCCGGCAGUAACGGGGGCAAUGGCCAAAACAGCACCAGCAACAAUAACGGCGGAGGCAACGGUGCCAGUGGCAGCGGAGGUGCCACCACCGGUGGUGCAACGGGUUCCCAGUCGAGCGGUUCGAAUCAAGGUGGCGGUGGUGGCAAGAAGGGCAACAGCGGCGGCGGCGGCGGAGGGAGCGCUGGUGGCAGCGGUGGAGGCGGCGGUGGCAGUGGCAGCGGAACCGGUGCGGCAACCUCGGGCAAAAAGAAGAAGCGAAAGGCGGCCGGCAGUGGCCGGGGCUCGCAGGCGGCGCGGGAAGCGCGCGAAGAAACACCGGCCGCC